AUGGUGCCAUUAUCACUACGUGGUGGUGGUGUUGGGAGGAAUUUGACGGGGAGAGGAGCCACAGUGUUGGAAAGGUGNCAAUCAAUGGUGCCAUUAUCACUACGUGGUGGUGGUGUUGGGAGGAAUUUGACGAGUGUUAAGGCCCGUCAGAUCUUCGACAGCCGUGGUAACCCUACGGUCGAGGUUGAUGUGCAUCUAAAGAAUGGAACCUGGGCAAGAGCUGCUGUUCCUAGUGGUGCCUCCACUGGAAUUUAUGAAGCCCUUGAAUUGAGGGAUGGAGGAUCAGACUACCUUGGAAAGGGUGUCGCUAAGGCUGUUAACAAUGUCAACUCCAUCAUUGGUCCUGCUCUCAUUGGCAAGGACCCAACUGAUCAGACUGGUCUCGAUAACUUCAUGGUUCAACAACUUGAUGGAACUCAGAAUGAGUGGGGUUGGUGCAAGCAAAAGCUCGGUGCCAAUGCCAUAUUGGCUGUCUCACUUGCUGUGUGCAAAGCUGGAGCUGCUGUCCUCAAUAUUCCCCUUUACAAGCACAUUGCAAACCUAGCUGGUAACAAGAAGCUGGUGUUGCCAGUUCCUGCUUUUAAUGUCAUCAAUGGUGGAUCACAUGCUGGAAACAAAUUGGCCAUGCAGGAAUUUAUGAUUCUUCCUGUUGGAGCUUCUUCAUUUAAGGAGGCUAUGAAGAUGGGUGUCGAAGUAUAUCAUAAUUUGAAGGCUGUUAUUAAGAAGAAGUAUGGCCAAGAUGCUACCAAUGUUGGUGAUGAGGGUGGCUUCGCUCCUAACAUUCAGGAGAACAAAGAAGGUCUUGAAUUGCUCAAGACAGCCAUUGCCAAAGCAGGUUAUACAGGAAAAGUUGUCAUUGGAAUGGAUGUUGCUGCAUCGGAAUUUUAUGGAUCAGACAAGACUUAUGAUUUGAACUUCAAAGAAGAGGCAAGUUUCCACUAUAUGUUGCUUCUCUGUGCUGUUAUUAAGAAGAAGUAUGGCCAAGAUGCUACCAAUGUUGGUGAUGAAGGUGGCUUCGCUCCUAACAUUCAGGAGAACAAAGAAGGUCUUGAAUUGCUCAAGACAGCCAUUGCCAAAGCAGGUUAUACAGGAAAAGUUGUCAUUGGAAUGGAUGUUGCUGCAUCAGAAUUUUAUGGAUCAGACAAGACUUAUGAUUUGAACUUCAAAGAAGAGAACAACGAUGGCUCGCAAAAAAUUUCAGGUGACCAGCUCAAAGAUCUCUACAAAUCCUUUGUUUCUGAGUAUCCAAUUGUAUCCAUUGAAGAUCCCUUCGAUCAAGAUGACUGGGAGCACUAUGCCAAGCUAACUGAUGAAAUUGGAGCUCAAGUACAGAUUGUGGGAGAUGAUCUCUUGGUCACCAAUCCCAAGAGAGUUGAGAAGGCAAUCAAUGAGAAUACUUGUAAUGCUCUUCUUCUCAAGGUAAACCAAAUUGGAUCUGUGACUGAGAGUAUUGAAGCUGUAAAAAUGUCCAAGAAAGCUGGUUGGGGUGUGAUGGCCAGUCACCGCAGUGGAGAGACUGAAGACACUUUCAUUGCUGAUCUCUCCGUUGGUUUGGCAACGGGACAAAUUAAGACCGGAGCUCCAUGCAGGUCAGAACGUCUUGCAAAAUACAACCAGCUAUUGAGGAUUGAAGAGGAACUUGGAUCAGAGGCUGUGUAUGCAGGAGCAAGCUUCCGUGCACCCGUUGAGCCCUACUAG